GAGUGGUUUUACCUGAGCAUGAGCUUCAGCAGACACAACAUUCACAGGAAAUACUAAAUCUGCAGACAGAGGAUUCCAACAAAACUCUUCUUUUUGUUUCUCAGGGCAUUACAGGGCCUCUUUAUGGGAGAGAAAGGCCUCUGCACUCAAAGGCAGCAUGAUGGAUGUUUACAUGUGAGUGCUGGGGCCAGAGCGCCCACCCAGACAGGGGUCGUAUAAAACUUCACAACAGGAGGAGAACCUUUUCAUUUGGCUGCGGAGGAGCAGAACACUAACAGAAACAGCCAUGGCAUCUUUGGGGCUGCAGAUUCUGGCGGUCACUCUUGCCGUGCUUGGCUGGAUUGGAAACAUCUUGAUCUGCAUGCUGCCUUUGUGGAAGGUUUCUGCUUUUAUUGGCAACAACAUUGUGGUUGCUCAGACCAUCUGGGAAGGCCUGUGGAUGAGCUGUGUAGUGCAGAGCACAGGCCAGAUGCAGUGCAAAGUCUAUGACUCCCUGCUGGCCCUGCCGCCGGACCUCCAGGCAGCUCGAGCCAUGAUCGUCAUCUCCAUCCUCUUCUCGCUCUUCGGCCUCCUGCUUUCCGUGGUCGGCGGGAAGUGCACCACCUGCAUCGAGGAUGAAGCGGCAAAAGCUCGAGUGUGCAUCUCUGCAGGGGUUUUCUUCCUCCUGAGUGGAGCUCUGUGUCUCGUGACCGUCUGUCUGCCUGCUAACACCAUCAUCAAAGACUUCUACAACCCCAUGGUGCCCGAUGCUCAGAGGAGAGAGCUGGGCGCGUGUUUGUACGUGGGCUGGGGGGCUGCAGGCCUGCUGCUGAUCGGCGGAGCUCUUCUGUGCUGUCAGUGCCCAUCAGGAGGAGACCGCUAUAACGGCCCUAAAUACACCCCACCAAAAUCCACAACACCUGGGAGAGAGUUUGUCUGAGCUGCUGUAAACACGAGACACAGCCUCCCCCAGGGAGGAAAUGACUUCACAUACAGAGCAAGCCGGUCUCUUAUCAAGCUGGGAUUUGCAUUGAGGCAAGUUCAGUCUAACAAGUGGCCACCUGUUUGUGACAGAUGAGGGAUAGUACCGUGUCAGAUUA